AUGCAGCAGCAGCAGCAGAAGCAGCAGCAGCAGCAGCAGCAGAAGCAAACGGAUGCAGCAGCAGCAACAGCAGCAACAAACAAAAACAACAGCAGCAACAGCAACAGCAGCAACAAACGAACAACAACAGCAACAGCAACAGCAGCAACUAAACAAAAACAACAGCAGCAGAAGCAACAGCAGCAACAGCAACAGCAGCAACAGCAACAGCAGCAGCAGCAGCAGCAACAGCAGCAGCAGCAGCAGCAACAGCAGCAUGAAUAUUUUGAAUGCUUACAGAGAGGGUGA